AUGGAGUCCGUAGUUUUACCUACGCGGGCAUUCGUAAAUGGUUCUUACUUGCAGAAAUUCAUUGAUAAACCGGUCACUUUUAUCGGUAGCGUUUUGAAAGUACAGUGUUCAUAAAGAGGAUUUUUUACAAAAUAUGUAAUGUGAGUAUUUUUUUCACAGGUGGCUUCUGAUAGUAAAUCAAUUACAUUGCAAAGCACUGAUGACCAAGUGGUAACUGUUCAUUUUCAUGAACCAAUUGACAGUUCACUGGAUGGUUGGGUAGAAGUGCAUGGUUAUGCCAAAAGUAAAGGAACAAUUGGCGGUGAAAGUUAUUACAAUUUACCAUCUUCAAUUACUAAUGAUUUUGGUAAGUAACAAAUUAUUUUGUAAUGUCUCGUCAUGUCAUGCCACUCAAUGUCAUGUGUAAUGAUAUUAAUUGUUAAGAAUUUAGUCUUCAUAAGAGUCAUCUGUGAAAAUUAAGAUUGAAAUAUUGGUAUUUUUUCUCUUAAUAAGUGAAAAUAGUAAGAAAGUAAUUUUCUAUGUAUUUUUUAAAUUUUAUGUACUAUACUAUAAUAUAGACUAGUAAUAUUUUAAAUGUUAGUUCAUUUUUAAAAAAAAUUCUAGUUUAGCAACUCUGUUUUUUUCUUAUUGAGUUUAUGUAUCAGUACAAUUAGAACAUAAUACAAAAGAAAGUCAGAGAAACUUUGUAUGGAAAGUUUGAGGAAAUACGCUAAAAAGUUUGAUUUUUAAAAGUAUAGAUGUGGUAACAUUCAUAUUUUAUUUAUUUAAUCUUUUCAGACUCAGGAAUAUUAAAAUUAAAAAAAUAAUAAUUUAAAGUAUAUAGAUAAUUAAUAUUAUAAAUGUUUUCAUUCUUUGUUAAUUAUUUUGAAAUUUUUCAGAGAAGCAACAAUUUAAUGAAACUGUUGCAUUAAUAUACAGUCUAUCAAACCCUUUAAAGUGA